CAAUGAAAAAUGUAUCUUCCUUUUCAGAGAAAUUUUUAAAGAAGCAAGAACUAUAAUUUAAAAUUGAUUAAAGUACUUUUGUCCAGAUCUACCAUUGAUCUGGGAAAAAGUACUUAGUGUUCUUGGUAAGAGAAGGAAUUCAAGGUAGAAGAGGAAUGAAAUACUGCUUGUUAUCCACAAAGUUUGUGAGGAUAAAGAGCAGUGGUACGUACACUACUGCUUGAAGUUUAAGUUGCUGAUAACUUUUUAAAUAAACAAUUGGGUGGUGAGCAUCACUCUGAAAAAGGUAUGUAUCCUUUUCCCAUCAAUUCCAUUAUACUAAAAUAGUUUCAGGAAAUAAUUAGAGAUGCAUACAAUUCAUUUUUCUCAGCACUGCUUCCAAUAGCAAUGUAUUAAGGAGAGGGUAAAUAAAUAAAGGAUUUUAUAAAUAAAUUUCAGUGCAUCCAUAUGAUGAAACUGUAUGUAACUAUUGAAGGAGGCAAUAGGUACACAUGUAUAUUGACAUGGGGAGAUGUACUUUGGCAUAUGAGGUGAGAAAAAAAUCAAUUUGAUUAUACAUACACACAAGAAGAACGGUCUUGUCAUAGCUGAAAGUGUACACAAAGUGUGAUAAAGUUUUGUUGUUUUGGGGCAUUUGUAUUAUAAGUGAUUGAUUUUCCUUUUUCUUAUUGUGAUAUCCACAAUGAGUAUGUACAGCAGGUUUAGUAAAAGUUUAUUAUUAGUGAACUAAUCCUAGGUAAGAACAGGGACAUGAAUCUUGAACAGAUAAAAAAAAGUUUUUGCUUUCUAUUAUUUUUGUGUGUGUGUAUUGGUAUCUUCUGCCAAGGUUUAGCCUCUUCAGAAAUAGAGGGAAUCUUUUAAACUGUGCUUGUAGAUUGUAUUGUAUACAUUUUUUUAUCGUACACAUGUCUUUUAUUAUGAAUGGAUUUAUUACAUACAUGCAAACAAUUAUAGUUUAAUCAUUUUAUUUUAGUGGUGUCCUUAUGUAACUAAAAAAAGCAAAUAUAAAUUAUUUCUAUUGCACAAAUAUUACUUAUCUUGUUUUCUUUAAAAAUAUUGAACUCAUCAAAUAUAUUUAUGUAUUCUUUUUUUUUUUGAGACGGAGUUUCGCUCUUGUUACCCAGGCUUGAGUGCAAUGGCGUGAUCUCAGCUCACCGCAACCUCCGCCUCCUGGGUUCACACAAUUCUCCUACCUCAGCCUCCCGAGUAGCUGGGAUUACAGACAUGCGCCACCAUGCCCAGCUAAUUUUUUGUACCCUUAGUAGAGAUGGGGUUUCACCAUGUUGACCAGGAUGGUCUCGAUCUGUUGACCUCGUGAUCCACCCGCCUUGGCCUCCCAAAGUGCUGGGAAUACAGGCUUGAGCCACCGCGCCCGGCCAUAUUUAUGUAUUCUUUUAAUCCAUUUAUUCAUCUGACAUAACCUGAAUACCCACUAUGUGUUCUACUGUCUCUCAGGACCCUUACAAGCUUAAAAACUUCAUGUUUACCUGCCCAAUCUGAGUAAGAUGGGAGAUUUAAAAUUCAACAUUAGGACGUAGUGUAAAUUGAAGCUUUUCCUCCCUCCUUUCAAAUAAAAGCAUUUCUGAAGGUAGAAAGUUGUCAAAGAUAAUCCUUAAACUACCCUUUUGAAAAUUUGUAACAGUGUUUUUCUUUUCUUAAUUUCAACUUUUAUUUGAGAUACAGGGGGCACAUAUGCAGAUGUUUUACAUGGGAAUAUUGGGUGAUGGUGAGGUUUGGAGGACAGAUCCCAUCACUCUCACCAUGAGCAUAGAACCUGAUAGGUAGUAAUUUAACCCACUCCCCCAUAACAGUCUUAAAUACUCAUAUUACUCAUUGAUAAUACCUGAUUUACAUAUAUCAAGUAAAUCUAAAUAUUGAAUAAAAUUAGCCAUCCUCAUUCAUUUGAAUUUUGAUGUUUCUUUGGCUUCAAAUUUUCUGAAAUCAAGAGUAGUUUUUUGGCAAAAAUGUGUCAUUGUUAUCUCAGACCUUUUUUUUUCACUGUUCUUUUUUGGGUUGUCUUCCUAUUUUUUAUUUCCAUGAGUACAUAGAAAGUGUACAUAACAUAUUUAUGGGUACAUGAGAUAUGUUGAUACAAGUGUAUAAUGCAUAAUUAUCACAUCACAGUAAAUGGGUAUAUCUGUUGCCUCAAGCAGUUAUCAUUCUUUGUGUUAUAAACAUUCCAAGUAUACUUUUUGAUUAUUUUAACAUGUACAAUGAAUUAUUGUUGACUAGUUUCCGUGUUGUGCUAUCCACUGCUAAAUUUUAGUCAUUCUAUCUAUAUAUAUUUUGUACCAGUUAACCAUCCACACUUCCCACCCUCCCCCAAUCUCACUACCCUUCCCUGCCCCUCAUAUCAUUCUACUGUCUGUCUCCCUUAGUUCAAUUGUUUCAAUUUUUAGCCUUCACAAAUGAGUGAGAACAUGCAAACUUUGUUCUUCUGUGUCUGGCUUAUUUCACUUAGCAUAAUGUUCUUCAUUUCUACCCAUUUUGUAAAUGUCAAGAUCUCAUUUUUUAUGCCUGAAUAGUACUCCAUUCUGUUUAUGUAACGCUUUUUCUUUACCCUUUCUUCUAUGGAUGGACAGUUUUUUUCCAGAUCUUGGCUAUUGUAAAUAAUGCUUCAAUAAAUAUGAAUGUGCUCACAGUUCUUCAAUAUAUUGAUUGCCUUUCUUUGGGGUAUAUAGCAGUGGGAUUGCUAGAUCAUGUGGUAAUUCUAUUCUUAGUUGUUUAGGAACUUCAAAACUAUUCUCCAAGGUGGUUGUACUUAUUCACUUGGGUGGUUGGGAACAUGUCUGUACUGGGGACAGAUGACUGAGACUCUACGCAGUUUGUUUACCAGAAGGAGGGAAAUAGAGAUAUCCUACUCUUGGUCAUUUGAACACAUUUUUUUGGAAUAGGUGCCUUCAUACAUGGAAGAUUUCAAUGUUGGAGACUGUCAUUGAGUCCUAUGCAUGGAAGAGGGUUCUGUAAGAAGCUUAUAGGAAGGAAUAUAUUGAGAUAGCCAUUGGGAAGAAGAGGUACAGAUUUCAGGACUGUUAUUUUUCCAGCAGUCUCUCUCUUUUCAUAUCAGAGCAUCUAUGAAGGUUCUCAAGGGCUUGCUAGUUGUGUGGACCUGAACUAGGCAGGACCUACACAGGGAACAUAAUUAAAGUUUAUAAUUUUGAAAGUUUUAAUCUUUCUGCGAAGCAUAUUUCCAAUAAUGACAUAGACAUUUGUUACUUUAACUUUUGUGCAUUGAGUUGUCAAGCAUUUCAUACAUUUCAGGGAACUGCCUAUACUGUUUUGGGGUAAAGGGCAGCAGUAGGGCCUACUUAAGUGAUUCCAUGCUGAAGAACCAAGACUGCCAUUUUUGACUGGCACAGAUUAGUAUUUGAACCAGAGACAGGGAAUGGAGAAGAGACAAUGUCUCUUUCUACCUUGUUUUAAGUGAUCAGUUGGUUCCAGUUCAGGUAACAAAGGUUAUGUCACUCAUUAAUUGGAUAUAGAAUUCAGCCUUCAGGACAGUCACUUAUGAAGACAAAUUAUUCUCAGGCUCUGCCAAUACAUUUCCUGACACUAUUUAUGAAGGAACUAAGUGUGAAUCUUCAUCGAACAUUUCAUAGGUUGGGAGAGGUGCAGGCAGAAAUAAGUAACUAAAAUAUUUUUGAAAAAGAUGCCAAUUUUUAAUUACAUUAAGAAAUAUUAUUUGUUGUAUAGAUAGCUGACCUUUCCCCAGAUUUUGUUUUUGUUUUUGUUUGGAGGUGAUACUCAGACAUGAAACAAUUAUUUUUAAAAAAAUGAACUCACUUAUUUUUGUUGUAUAUUUUUUUCUAUAGGCUGUCCAACAGAAAGAGUUCUGAUGACACAUGGCUUGCAAUAGUUGUUGAAGUCAUUGAUUCUGAUACCAAGGUAAAGUGCUCUCUUGUGAAAUAAAUGUUCUUGCUCUGAAUCUAGUUUUGCACAGUAUUUCCUCUUCAACUGUGGCAGCAGUCUACCUAUAGUUGUUUUAUGGUCUUGGGGAAUACUUGGUCAGAAAAAAAGUCAUAUUAUAGUAAUAAGAGUAUUUGAAUUUCUUUUACUUUUUUCUUUUUUUUAAAAUGCUAAAAAUUUUAUUUUUCAUAUAGAAAGAAAAAAAGAGCCCCUAUAUUAAUCAAAUAUAUGCCCCUUUAAAUAUAUUCUGAGGGUAGAUCUUUUUUUUCUUUUUUUUAAUUGCAUUUUGGUUUUGGGGUCCAUGUGUAGAACAUGCAAGAUAGAUACAUAGGUACACACAUGGCAGUGUGUUUUUCUGCCUUCCUCCCCUUCACCCACAUUUGGCAUUUCUCCCCAUGCUAUUCCUCCUCAGCUCCCCCCACCCUGCUGGCCCUCCCCUUUUCCCCACAAUAGACCCCAGUGUUUAGUACUCCCCUCCCUGUGUCCAUGUGUUCUCAUUUUUCAUCACCCACCUAUGAGUGAGAAUAUGCGGUGUUUCAUUUUCUGUUCUUGUGUCAGUUUGCUGAGAAUGAUGUUCUCCAGAUUCAUCCAUGUCCCUACAAACGACACGAACUCAUCAUUUCUGAUUGUUGCAUAAUAUUCCAUAAUGUAUAUGUGCCACAUUUUCCCAGUCCAGUCUAUCAUCGAUGGGCAUUUGGGUUGGUUCCAGGUCUUUGCUAUUGUAAACAGUGCUGCAAUGAACAUUCGUGUGCCUGUGUCCUUACAGUAGACUGAUUUAUAGUCCUUUGGAUAUACACCCAGUAAUGGGAUUGCUGGGUCAAAUGGAAUUUCUAUUUCUAAGGCCUUGAGGAAUCACCACACUGUCUUCCACAAUGGUUGAACUAAUUUACACUCCCACCAACAGUGUAAAAGUGUUCCUUUUUCUCCACAUCCUCUCCAGCAUCUGUUGUCUCCAGAUUUUUUAAUGAUCGCCAUUCUAACUGGCCUGAGAUGGUAUCUCAAUGUGGUUUUGAUUUGCAUCUCUCUGAUGACCAGUGACGAUGAGCAUUUUUUCAUAUGAUUGUUGGCCUCAUAUAUGUCUUCUUUUGUAAAGUGUCUGUUCAUAUCAUUUGCCCAUUUUUGAAUGGGCUUGUUUGUUUUUUUCCUGUAAAUCUGUUUGAGUUCUUUGUAAAUUCUGGAUAUCAGCCCUUUGUCAGAUGGGUAAACUGCAAAAAUUUUUUCCCAUUCUGUUGGUUGCUGAUUCACUCUAGUGACUGUUUCUUUUGCCGUGCAGAAGCUGUGGAGUUUGAUUAGGUCCCAUUUGUCUAUUUUGGCUUUUGUUGCCAAUGCUUUUGGUGUUUUGGUCAUGAAGUCCUUGCCUACUCCUAUGUCCUAGAUGGUUUUGCCUAGAUUUUCUUCUAGGGUUUUUAUGGUGCCAGGUCUUAUGUUUAAGUCUUUAAUCCAUCUGGAGUUAAUUUUAGUGUAAGGUGUCAGGAAGGGGUCCAGUUUCUGCUUUCUGCACAUGGCUAGCCAGUUUUCCCAACACCAUUUAUUAAACAGGGAAUCCUUUCCCCAUUGCUUGUUUUUGUCAGGUUUAUCAAAGAUUGUAUGGUUGUAGAUAUGCUGUGUUGCCUCCGAUGCCUCUGUUCUGUUCCAUUGGUCUAUAUCUCUGUUUUGGUACCAGUACCUUGCUGUUUUGAUUACUGUAGCCUUGUAGUAUAGUUUGAAAUCUGGUAGUGUGAUGCCCCCCACUGUGUUCUUUUUGCUUAGAAUUGACUUGGCUAUGUGGGCUCUCUUUUGGUUCCAUAUGAAGUUCAUGGUGGUUUUUUCCAGUUCUGUGAAGAAAGUCAAUGGUAGCUUGAUGGGGAUAGCGUUCAUUCUAUAAAUUACUUUGGGCAGUAUAGCCGUUUUCACGAUAUUAAUUCUUCCUAACCAUGAACAUGGACUGUUUCUCCAUCUGUUUGUUUCCUCUCUUAUUUCAUUAAGCAGUGGUUUGUAGUUUUCCUUGAAGAGGUCCCUUACAUUCCUUGUGAGUUGUAUUCCUAGCUAUUUUAUUCUUUUUGUAGCAAUUGUGAAUGGCAGUUCGUUCUUGAUUUGGCUUUCUUUAAGUCUGUUAUUGGUGUAUAGAAAUGCUUUUGAUUUUUGCACAUUGAUUUUCUAUACUGAGACUUUGCUGAAGUUGCUUAUCAGUUUCAGGAGUUUUUGGGUUGAGGCGAUGGAGUCUUCAAGGUAUACUAUCAUGUCGUCUGCAAAUAGAGACAAUUUGGCUUCUAGCUAUACUCUUUAAAUUAGUGUUUUUCCAUGGAUGGAAUACCCAAUAUUGUGCUUAGUGACCUUUCUUCUUUUACUGGUAAUUAUGCUAGUUUUAAUUAUGGUAAGAUGGAUAAAAGGAAUGACAAUUUUCAUUUAUAUUUUAUUAAGAAACUUAAAAUAUAAGAGUGGUAAAAUUAAUGGAUUUAAGGAAUUCUUUUUAAGGGAUGUCUGAAAUUAAAACACAAAGUAGAUUGCUUUCUGUAGUAAGAGAACUGUGCUGGUCAGGCACACUCCCUCCUGAUGUAGCAGCUGCUGAUCUUAGGGCUUUGGGAGGAGUGGAGCUGAAGGCUUGGCCAAAUCUCAGAGGCGUAAGUUGGCUGACAUCAUCUGGAGCAGCAUGGUUAUGUGAGUGGGACUGUUGUGGAUUGGUUGGCACUACCAGGCCUGCUGAUUGGAGUGGAAAUAUCUCUGAUUGGCUUUCUUAUGCAAGCAGGUGGCUGACACUGAUUAGCUGGUGAGUGAGGCCAGUGGUCAUUGCUUGACUGACUUGAUUUGAAACAGGUUCUGUGGCACUGCUUGUUGCCAGGGCUACAGGUCAGUCCUUUCCUAGGUUUCAGGCCACUUUAACCAGACGUUUUCUUUUGCAAGUUGCCUUUCAUCAACUGUGUUUCAGAUGAAAACUAUUUCAUUUUCCAGAAUUGUAGAACUAUUUCUUAAAGUUUGGGUCAAGAGGAAUUUUGCUCUUGGGAAGAUCUUCCUUGUUUUAGAUGCCUGGUCUUAACCAAAUGAUAAAUCUCUACAAUUUUUCUUGUAAAUAAUUCUUAGCUUUGUUUUAGUUUUUUUUCUUUUUUGUAUUUUUAGGGACUCAUACUCAACUCCUAACAUCAGUAAAUUUUAGUAUCUUUGUACAUAUAUGUAGGUAUGUAAUAGUGAUAUUGUUAUAUGUAGUAGUAACACUAUAAACCGAGAUAUUCUCCAGGUCUUAAUUGUGCCAGAAUUCUGCUUAGCUCUCUUUCCUCAGUACCUAUAUGAAGGGGUUACCCACAUUAUGAACAUGUUUAAGCCAUAAAAAGUAAUUAAAACUACUAGUAAAUUUAGCUGGUUAUAUUAGAAUUAGAUACCAGCUUAUACAUAUGAAAUAUAAGUGUAUUUUAUGUUUAGAGCUGGGUCCCACACACAAGAUAUCUCAUUAUGUAUAUGCAAAUAUUGUAAAAUUGAAAAAAAAUUCAAAAUUUGAAACACUUUUGGGCCUAAGAAUUUAGGAUAAGGAAUACAUGAGUUGUAUCAGUAUAAUACUGUUUUGAUUACUAUAGGUUUAUAGUAAUAUGUAGUAUAUUCUAUUUACUAUUUCUUUAUUAGCUAUGUUAUUCACAAAGGUGUUUUCCCAAUUACUAUAGGUUUAUAUUAAUCAAACCAUACUUUUUAAGGGUUUUUUUGAGCUAUGAUAACCCCAGUGCACUCAAGCCUGAGUGACAGAGACCUCAUCACUAAAGAAAAAACCUCUAUAUUAAUUUAUAGUUUAGCCCACACAGUAUGCAGUGGCCAUUUUUCUCAAUCCAGAUUACUUUUUAAAAAUUUUAUUCAGUAUAUUCUUAAUAUGCAUCUAACAAAAAGUGAAUUGAAAAUUGAUUAUUAAUUAGUUUAUUCAACAUCUCUCCUACAUAGAUAUGAUUCCAAGUUCUAUGUUAAAAACAUGUUAUUCUUUAUUGUUUAAAUGUAAGAUCCUGUCUUGUUCCAAAAAAGAUUUAAAAAUUGUUUAUAAAGUACAAAAUAACAAGGUGAAUUGAAAGUAUUACUCAAGAAAGAAAUACAAAAAGUGUGGGGUAACAGAUGUUAGCCUCUUUAGCCUAGUCUUGGAUUACAGUAAUCUGCAGAUAUAUUUUGUGUGAAAGACAUCUGAAGGUGUCAUCUUACACCUUACACUGUAAAUCAUUUGGAAGGAUACAUGCAAUAUUUCAUAAAGAUGAAAAUUUAUUUCUAGUGAACUUACACACUUGUCAAUAAAUAGUAAUAGUAACUUUAAAAAUUGUUAAUUGUAAAUGAUCUUUUUUAAUUGGGGAGUAAUUAUGACUGUGUGAUUUAAAAAGGUAAUUUUCAGCUUGUAACUUUAUUGAAUAAUCUCCAGUAUCCUUUUUUAUAAUAUAUACUAGAGUGACUAGUAACAGAAACUUUAGCAGAAUAUUCUUUCCUUACUACUUUUCAAGUAUAUGCAUUCUUUUGAAGACAUUGAAGUGAGAAAUUAAAUAUCUGAGAACUACAAAGGAAAAAUAUUCCAGAACAUGGAAAUUGUAUUAGGAUAAUAAACAACAUAUGCAGAGGCAGAUCACAAGAUGAACUUUUUAUUUUCUAACAAAAUGAAUUUUAAGAUAACUUCCUUUAUUUGCAAAUGCACCUUAAAACAAGAAAAUGAAGAGAAAAGUAAUGUUAAUAUGCUGUACAGAAAACUUAAGGAAGAGUUAGAAAGGAAACAGGAACAAUAUAAGGAAGAAGUUAAAGUGAAACAACAACUUGAACUGACUGUUCAAUCAUUAGAGAUGGAACUGAAGACCUUAAGAAAUACUCCAAAUCAGGAUUUUCAUAAUCAUGAAGAAAUGAAAGAUCCAAUGCAUGAAAAUGGCAUUUUGAAGGGAGAUAUUGCUAUGCUCAGAGAGGAAAUAAGCACGUUAAAAAAUGACAGUCUUGAAAAAGAAAACAAAUAUUUUAAGGAUUUAAAAAUUAUUAAAGAAAUAAAUGCUUGUCUUGAAAAGAGUAACAAACUCAGUGAGGAAAUGAUAACAAAAACAGUAUCCCAGUAUCGACAACAGCUUAAUGAUCUCAAAGCUGGGAACACAAGCCUCAAUUCCGAACUGGAGAAGGAAAAAGAAAAUGAGGAAAGACUGGAAGCUGAAAUGGAAUCAUAUCAGUCUAGACUGGCUGCUGCUAUAAGAGAACACAAUCAAAGGAUGAAAACAGAAAGACACCUCAACUUCCUUUACAGAAAACAUCAAGAUGUUUCUGUACAGGUAAACACAAGUUCUGAACUAAAAGAUAAGAAUGAGUUUCUUAAAGAACAACUUUCUAAAGCACAAAUUAAAUUCAAUACCUUAAAAGAUAACUUCUGUAAGACAAGAGAUACUCUCAGAGAAAAGACAUUGGCUUUAGAAACUGCACAAAACGACCUAAGCCAAACACAGCAGCAAAUAAAGGGAAUGAAAGAGAUGUAUCAAAAUGCAGAUGCUAAAGUGAAUAAAUUUACUGGAAAGCAGAACUACGUAGAAGAGAGAAUAUGUGAACUACAAUGUAAAAAUCUGUGGCUUAAACAGCAACUAGAUGAUGCUCAUCAGAAGGGGGAUAAUGAAGAGAGAGUAAUUAAUAUCCAAGGAGACUUUAUUGAGAGUGGAAAGGAAGGUCUUCUGCUAGAAGAGAAAAAUAAGAAGUUAAUGAAUGAAUGUAAUUAUUUAAAAGAACGUCUGUUUCAACAUGAGAAAGAGAAAGCAGAAGUAAGUAUCAAGGAAGAUAAAUAUUUUCAAACUUCUGGAAAGAACGUUUUAACAUUUGGUUCUGAAUACAUACUGAACCUGGUUGAAUAAAAAGAAUAGAUAAAAAAAUAUGUUUACCAUACUGUAUAAUUGCAUUUACAUGAAACAUGCAGAAAAGAUAAAUAUAUAGAGACAGAAAGUAGAUGAAUGUUUGCAUAGGGCUGGGGCUGGAAGCUGGUAGUGACUGCUAAUGGGCGUGAGGGGUCUUUCAGUGAUGGAAAGCCUCUGAAGUUGGAUUGUAGAGAUGGCUGCACAACUUCACUCAAUUUACUAAAAACCUUCUAACUUUAUGUUGAAACAGAAACAUUCUAUAGUAUGUAAAUUAUUUUUCAACAAAGCCGUUUUAAUAAAAAAAAAAACCAAAAAAAGGAAAAAUGUGUUUACAAUAUUGGCUUAGAAAUCUACCUUGUUUCUGGGAAAUAAAAGGUAGAGCUGAGGAAUUAUUUACUUUGAGUACAGACAUUUAUACCACCUAUGAAAUUUUAAUAGGCAUAAAGUCAUAUUUAAGGUGGAUAGUCCUAUAGUACUGGAAUAAUAAGUUUAAUGUCUUUAUAUUGCCACAUUAAGACCACGAUGAAGCAGAUACAUGAAAAUGCGUGCACCUGAAAUGAGUAUUUUCAAAUUAAGAUUUAAUUGAGUGAUUUACUUUGACAUGUAAUUCUAGAUUUCCCAGAUUAACUAAAGUGUAUUGCUUUAUCUUGUAAUACUUUUCUGUAAGUAGCUUUUUAUAUA